CUUUCUACACACUUGGGGAAUACAUGAACAAGGCUGACCAGACACGAAAGAUUGACCACAUUAUUUGGAGUAACCAGUAUCCUGUUAUUUCGGAGAGGCAGGACGACCUUGCUGGCAAGAAGUAAGAGAAGGACUUGCAAAGUAUUUGGAAGCUGCACAAGAACUGGUAACCAUGGCAACAACGAAGGUUUUGAUCUACCUUAGUGGAUUCACCAUGGCGGGGUAUUUUCUCAUGAAGCUUGUUGAACGUGACCCUGAGGCACUGCGCAAGGAGUUACCAGAGAGAUACCAGGAGGACUAUCAGAACGCUGCUAAACAGCGCACUGCACAGUUUAUGACCGUACUCAAGAAUGUAGCAGAGGGUGACGACCCAGCCACAGCUUCCAGAAAACUCCGUGAACAGCUAGAAAAAGAAGCCCAGAAGAAUCCGCCUGUGCCUACAAAGUCUUCUUGAGUUUAUUAUGUGUAGAUAAUUUAUGUAAUGUAUAUUUUUUUUUGAGAAAGCAGAAUAUUAUAGUAGUUGCUUGGAGUAGUGGUUUCCAGGCAUUUUAGGGGAUACAAGAUUAUUCAAACUUAGCACCAUGAAUGCAUCGGUGGAUUCUGGCACCCAGGCCCAGAUCCUGGAAAGAAUGAAAAAGAGAACAGAGGAAAUAGCUCAGCGGGCAGAAGUGCGGCGACAGGAGAAACAAGGCCAAGCUGCCAUGUCAGAAAAUGCAGAUUAUUUCCAGGAAACCUUCCAGAAUAUGAAGGAUGACAUUGAGAGGAAAAUUGAUGAUGCAGGAAACAUAAAGAAGGCUCAGUUGCUGGAUUAUUUUGACGAGCUGGUGAAGGAUGUGCAGCAGAUGCAGGAGUUCUUGAAUGAGUCAUCCAUGUUUUUGGCUUCUUUCCAGGUCAAGAAGGCUCAGGAGCAUAUUAAGACCUUAAAUAAUCUAGUUCAUGAUAAAAUUGAUGAACUGCAACCAAAGAAAAAAUUUGGAUUUGGUAGGAAAAAGACAGGUGGAGAGAAAAGCACAAAGGCCAAGGAAUUAAAGAAAGAUGGUGUGGAUGGAUGUUCCAAGGAGAAAAAUACUUUGAAUGAAAUCAUAGAGAAACAGUUCUUUGGUUUCAAAGACCAGUCAAACCAAACUCUGAUAAAAUCAGCGGAGGAACUUGACAACCGACAGUUGAAUAUCCACAACCUUGAUAACUGUAAGGUUAUAGCCUUAGGAAAUCCAAGCACCCUGCAAGUAGCCUCACUUAGAAAUUGCACAGUCAUUGUUGGUCCAACAUCAAGGUCUGCUUUCAUCAAGGAUUGUAUAAACUGUAAAUUCAUGAUAGCUUGCCAGCAGCUGCGUAUCCAUGAUACCAAAAAUACCCAGUUCUACCUCCAUGUCACUGGUGCAGCCAUUAUAGAAAAUUGCCAUGAUGUCCAGUUUGCACCCUACACUAUCAACUACCCAGAGUUGAAAGAGCAUUACUGCAAGAGUGGCCUGGAUUUGAAAACCAAUUAUUGGGACAAGAUUGAGGAUUUCCAUUGGCUCAAUGAAAAUGAAAAGUCUCCAAAUUGGUCAGUCAUUCCAGAAAAAGAAAGAAUUGACAACUGGCUAAAGUGAAAGUGUCACAACAAGAUACAGAUAUUUACAUGAUUCCGAGCCUCAGGAUAUUUCUAAGAAUGUAAAUAAUUUAAUAAACCAUAGAUAAAGAAAAAUUA